CAAUCCCAUUUUCAGGCCCGUUCCUCUCUCAACCUUCACCCAGACAACCAAAAUCAGGAGGGGCACCUUCAAAGAAGUACUGGGUGAAAUAAAUCAGUACUGUAGGUUAAUAUUUAUCUGUCGUGACAAAUCCUUUGUCUCUAAUAUGUCACUACUGACUGCCUGCAGAUUUGCCCCAAGGCUUCUGAAUAAGAGUGCUGCAUGUCUUUCUGUGGCCUCCAGAAAUGCUACUACAUCUUCUAACUUAAAAGAUGUGCUAUCAGAUCUCAUACCUAAAGAACAGAGCAGGAUCAAAAGUUUUAAACAGCAGUAUGGCAAGACCAACAUUGGUCAGAUUAAUGUGGACAUGAUCUAUGGUGGAAUGAGAGGAAUGAAGGGCCUGGUAUAUGAAACCUCUGUGCUUGAUCCUGAUGAGGGAAUUAGGUUCCGUGGCUACAGCAUUCCAGAGUGCCAGCAGCUGCUGCCCAAGGCUCCAGGUGGUCAGGAGCCCCUGCCUGAGGGCCUUUUCUGGCUGCUGGUGACAGGCCAGGUGCCCACAGAUGAUCAGGUGAACUGGCUGUCGUCAGAGUGGGCCAAGCGUGCUGCUCUUCCCUCCCAUGUGGUCACCAUGCUGGACAACUUCCCCACCAAUCUGCACCCCAUGUCUCAGUUUAGUGCAGCCAUCACUGCUUUGAAUAGCGAGAGCACCUUUGCCCGUGCUUACUCUGAGGGGGUCAACAAGGCCAAGUACUGGGAGUUUGCUUAUGAAGACUCUAUGGAUUUGAUUGCUAAGCUGCCCUGCGUUGCAGCCAAGAUCUAUCGCAAUCUUUAUCGUGAGGGUAGCAGCAUCGGUGCCAUCGACUCAAGUUUAGACUGGUCCCACAACUUCACAAACAUGCUUGGAUACAAUGACGCCCAAUUCAUUGAUCUUAUGCGUCUGUAUCUCACCAUCCACAGUGACCAUGAAGGUGGUAAUGUGAGUGCUCACACCAGUCACUUAGUGGGCAGUGCCCUAUCAGACCCCUACCUGUCCUUCAGCGCAGCCAUGAAUGGACUAGCUGGACCUCUUCACGGAUUGGCCAAUCAGGAAGUACUGGUUUGGCUUACUGCCUUGCAAAAGGAGAUGGGAGGAGAGGUGUCUGACGAAAAGAUGAGAGACUACAUAUGGAACACACUCAAGUCUGGAAGGGUCGUACCAGGUUAUGGCCAUGCUGUCCUGAGGAAAACAGACCCACGGUACACCUGCCAGCGUGAAUUUGCUCUCAAGCACUUGCCUGAUGACCCCAUGUUCAAGCUGGUGGCUCAACUCUACAAGAUUGUCCCUAAUGUCCUGUUGGAACAGGGCAAGGCUAAGAACCCCUGGCCCAACGUAGAUGCCCACAGUGGAGUGCUGCUACAGUACUAUGGCAUGACAGAGAUGAACUACUACACUGUGCUGUUUGGAGUGUCCAGAGCCCUGGGUGUGCUGGCCCAACUUGUAUGGAGCCGGGCCCUGGGCUUCCCUCUGGAGCGCCCCAAGUCCAUGAGCACAGAGGGACUCAUGACCCUGGUGGGGGCAAAGUCUGGCUAAAAUGGAAGAUCAGCAAAAAAGGAGAAGGAAGAACAAAGGGGGGGGGGGGAUAUGGGGGGGGGGGGUUGUGAAGGUGUAGUAAACUUAUGAAUAUAAACAUUAAGAAGGGCCUUUGCUGGAUUUAGUUGAUCCAUAGUCUGCGACACUAGGGUGAUAUUUAUCUUUCUGUGAGACUGGGCCAUGGCAGUUUUGUCUUUAGAUAGUGAAUUGGACUCUGUUCUUGUAAAGAAAGCCUAAUAUCAAGUUAAAUUAUUCAUUGUUUAAGCUGAGGCUCUCUGUAUGCCAGAAAACAACCUUUGACAAAAAAAGAGAACACUCCAUGGCAGGAAAGGUCCUUUUGUAAGAUAACCACUUAUCAGGCCUUUUUAGGUAAUAUGUACAGUAUGCAAUGACUAGGAUCUGUAUGUUCCACAGAGCAUGGCUCCUCAUAAAUAAUGCUACACCUUUGUCAGUAAAAUGUGUAUUUUACCUUGUAGGCUGGGUAGUCACCAACCAACAGCACCUUGGAAUACUCAUGUUCAAUCUGCAGAUGGCUUGCGUACAAUGCCUUUGCAAUGGCUGAAUCGAUUCGUUUUGGAGAGUAGUCAAUUUCCAUGAUUAUAAACAGAGUUCCACGUCAACGUGAACUCUUUCUGUGUAUUUUGGGUUUAAAAGCGUAAUUCAAAAGAAUUUAUAGGAAGCAACCACACCCAACGAUAGUAAGAAGGUGUAUGAUGUCCUCUUUAUAAAAAAGAAUGUCAUGUCAGAGCUAGGAAAUGUUUAUUACUUUACAACACCAAAAUGAUGCUUGGUCAGUGUUAAGGAAGUCAGUCUAAUUGCCCAAAUAUUAAUAUCUAUUACAGUACUUUUAUUAAGAAUACCAAAUACAGAUUGUGUAUUGCUUGGAUGAGUUCCUCAACUUUGGGACAUCGUUUUAAGGUUGUCAAGGGGAGUGCGAAGCCUCAUGUAUUUGUAAUACUGUUUCAAUACAGACACUGCAGACCUUAUCCUAUACACUCCAGCUGGGUGCCACACUUCUUCCCCAAAUUGUUUUAUUCACAUUCUAAAAUGGCAACCACACUUAAAUUUUAUUUUGUUGAUCUUCAACAUGUAUAAAAAAUAUUUUCCCCCUUUUGUAGGAUUACAUAUCUAGUUUAACUUUCCUUAAUUUUAUCGUGUUCUACCAUACCUCAGAUCUGUCUGGUUCUGUAGAAUUUGGUCUUCUGUCAGAUCAUUGUAAAGUUGAUGAAAGAUCUAAACUUAAGGUGUGUACAGUGAACAAAGGAAAAUAAAAAAUAAGUAAAAUAA